CAGAUUCUCACAUUCACGCGCUCAUAAGUUUGAAGCAAAGCCUCUCUCAGCUCAAAUCUAGCAGCCCGUUAUUGAGCAAGAAGACUGCGGUCACUUUCUUUAGGAAAUCUAUAACAGGGCUCUACAGACGGCCGUCUUGCUAUGAGGGCUUGAGGGAGGCGAUAAGCGUGCUGUCUUGGUUAUUUGGGAGUUUUUGGCGAUCCGAAUUAACGACAUCUGAGUGCGCGAGCUCAUCGCGAGACGGGCAGAGGAAUGUCGCGCGAUCCGGACGAGGUGAAUAAACUGACCGAGAGCACUUACAAGAAUGUUAUGGAACAAUUCAACCCCGGGUUGCGUAACCUCACAAACCUGGGAAAGAGCUACGAGAAAGCGGUUUCAGCCAUGGUUCUGGCUGGGAAGCAGUACUUUGAUGCUGUAUCUAAGAUCGGGGAGAACGCAGCCGUAUCUCCAGUGUCCAGGGAGCUGGGGGUCAUCCUGAUGGAGAUCUCAGACGUCCAUCGGAAAGUCAACAUAGAACUGGAGGAGAACUUCAGACAGUUUCAUCGGGAGAUUAUUGCAGAGUUGGAGAGGAAAACUGACAUGGAUGUUAAAUACAUGACGGCCACGUUUAAGAGAUAUCAGACCGAACACAAGAUGAAGCAGGACUCGCUGGAGAGAUCGCAGUCAGACCUGAAGAAGCUCAGAAGGAAAAGUCAAGGAAAGAACGCUUCGAAGUAUGAGAGUAAAGAGAAUGAGUGUCUUGAGACUCUCACUCACCGCCAGAUGGACAUGCAGAAGUUCAUGGCUGACGGCUGCCGGGAGGCUCUGCUGGAGGAGAAGAGGCGCUUCUGCUUCCUGGUGGACAAGCACUGCACCUUCUCCUACCAGAUCUCUAAUUUCCAUGACAAGGCUCGAGAACUUCUGACGGAGAACUUGUCCACCUGGCAGGACAAAUGCGGUGACGCUACCAAUGUCCCCGAUAGUGUAAUGUCCAUGAUUGAAGGUCUACGCACUCCAGUGUCCAACACUCCCCAGGCGUCUCCAGCCCUCCAGCGCCUCAACAGAGCCAACUCAGACGCUAUGAUUCCAGCACCUCCAGCACCGCCUCAGACGAGUCCCCUGGCCAACAUGUUCAAUCAGGAGACCUCCAGGAGAGAGGAGAGAGAGUCUGACUACAACAACGAGGACAGCGGAUUGUCUAGGUCUGUGUCGAUGGCCACUGGCCUCAAUCACAUAGACAGAAGACCCAAAGUGCGCACCAUUUUCCCGCACAAGUCUGGAAACAACAACACGUUGCUGAGUUUUGAAGAAGGAGACAUUAUCUCACUGCUGAUUCCUGACGAGAAGGAUGGCUGGCUUUACGGAGAGCUGCAGAAAAACAAACAGCGAGGCUGGUUUCCAUCAUCUUACUGUCGCGCAUACACAGAGCUAGCAGUAAAUAACAGUACUGCUGGAAAUCCUCCGAUGCGCAGUAAGAGCGUGGUCAACCUCAUGCAGAAGGACCCAGAGGACAACAUGAUGGCUCUGCCUCCAGCGGACUACAACGUUUCGCCCGUCAGGAGAAACUCCACCAAGAGUCUGAUGCAGACGUACACCUCCACAUAUGAAAACCCGGUGGUGCCUCAGUCAAACGGGCUGCCAAAGCAUCCUAUCCUAGGGGGAGGGAAUCCAUUCGCUACUGUCAAACUUCGGCCCACAGUCACCAAUGACAGAUCAGCACCCGUCAUCUGAUCAACACCACAGAGACCCGCCGCCGAGGAUGCUGGGAUUAUUCACAGGGCUUAUGCAUACACACACACCACAUACUGUUCAACCACUAUUUAUGUCAGUCCCCUUUAAACCUCUCUCUCUCUGUGUAUACAUACACACACACAGACAUACAUAUAUAUAUAUAUAUAGAGAGAGAGAGAGAGAGAGGGAAUCGAUGUAUAUGCAUUUAGUUGUAAUGAUCCUUAGUCAGAUGCUUAACUUUCAGAGUAUCAUUUUGUAAAUAUAUGAGAGAAGAUGGGUGUGAUCUUUAGUUUUUUAAAUCAUUGUCAAGAUAUUUUCUAACAUAUACACUAGAUGGGAACCUGCGUUAGCAGAAAAGUCCUGAUGAUAGUGAUG